AUGACGCCAACUUUAUUCUUCCUGUACAUCAACAUUGUCAUGUUGUUCACCCUGAGGUGUAAGCCAAUCUUCCGAGAGACCUCCCGCUACAUCCUCUUCGCCAACAUGCUCUUUGUGGACACUCUGAGCCUUCUCGUAGCUUUAUUUCUUUAUAUCUUGGCUGUGGGAAGACUGUACUUCAGUGGCAUUGCGUGCCUGGUUGUUGUAGUUUUUGCCGGCGUCGUCAUGAGGGUCUCUCCACUCAACCUGGCUGUGAUGUCUCUGGAGCGGUAUACUGCUAUCUGCUUUCCCUUAAAGCAUGUUGAGAUCGCCACGUGCUGGAGGACCGGAGGCGCCAUUAUUGUUAUGUGGUUGGUGGGCUCACUAAAUUCUUUUGCCGACCUCUUAGCUUUCGUGAUAGCUGGAUCAAAUUUUGAAUUAACGUGGGGCUUCUGUUCACGACCCCUGAUCUUUUCUCUGAAAGUGUACAGUCAAAUAAAUACGUUUUUCUCUGUCAUUUAUUUCCUGAUGGUGGGAGUAAUCAUUUUCUACACAUACGUCAGCAUUGCCCUGGUGGCCAAGUCUGCCGCCUCAAGCAAAGAUUCUGUCACCAAGGCCAAUAAAACAGUACUAAUGCAUCUGUUUCAGUUAGGGAUAUAUCUUGCAUCCUUAUUACACGAGCCUGUACUUUUAUUAGCAUUUGCACACAUGGACCGGAUCUCUUUCUUUAACAUAAACUAUGUCCUGUUCCUGAUGCUGGUCAUCUUCCCAAGAUGCCUCAGUCCUCUUAUCUAUGGGCUAAGAGAUCAGAUUUUCAGACCCAUUUUCCAAUAUCAUUUCACAUUCAGCUUUAGAGGCACAGUCAAGCCAGUUAUGAGUGUAUAG